CACACACAUUCACAUCUCAACCUCUCGACACACACUCGAGCCGAGCCGAGCCGAGCGUUUGGAUGAGUAACAGUCCAGUCGGCCUGACUUUGGCAUGGAUCUGUCCUGAGUGGCGUGUUUCUUCCCUUUCCCCCACACGAGCUGGAUGAGACUCGCGCGCUCCUCCCCACCGCCGCACUUGUUGCGCAAAAGCUGGAUGCGCCACUGAGUCCUUGGAGAGGAGAGGCAGGGACGGACCGCAACAGGUGCACACAGAUAAUCUCCCUUUUAAAGACUGCUGCGUCGAUAAAAAAGAAGAAGAAGAACAAACUUUAAAUGCUGUUUUGAAGAAUCCUUUUGGCCAUCUUCACGAAGCCAGGAUGCCAGUUCUGACGAGCCCCGACGUCGCCAACAAGUUGAAGGAGAGGUGGCUGGCCGCGUACCCGGAGGAUCAGGCCACCGGGUCCGACUGCGCGCCCCUGGACGACAGCCUCACCAGCCUCCACUGGCUCCAGAAUUUCUCCAUCCUCAACGCGGACCCGGAGCGACCCAACGGGCCCGGGCCUUGCUGUCCAUCCUCCCAGCACAACCUGUACCUGAAGCGGCUCGGCUUUCCCAGAGGAGGCUCCGACUCCCCGUCCAGCCCGCCGGCCGGGGACACCGCCGCCACCGGGAUGCCUCUGUGCCUCGGGAGCCCCGUUACCUCCGGCAGCGACUGCCCGGCGGCGCCGCGCUUCGCCGACUGCGCACAUCCCGGGAACACCUACCCGCAGAUCCCCAUCCAGGCAAACCCGCCCGUGGAGGUCGAUUACAAAACCAACCCCAAAGUCAAACCGCCCUACUCCUACGCGUCUCUCAUCUGCAUGGCCAUGCAGGCCAGCAAACAGCCCAAAGUGACUCUGUCCACCAUCUAUAACUGGAUAACGGAGAACUUCUGCUACUACAAGCACGCGGAGCCCAGCUGGCAGAACUCGAUCCGUCACAACCUGUCGCUCAACAAGUGUUUCAAGAAGGUCCCGAGACAGAAGGACGAGCCGGGGAAAGGAGGCUUCUGGCAGAUUGAUCCGCAGUACGCGGACAUGUUCGUCAACGGCAUCUUCAAACGCAGGAGGAUUUCUGCCAACAACUACGGCGGCGGUGGCGGUGGCGGUGGCGGCGGUGGCGGUGGCGGUGGCGGCGGUGGCGGUGGCGGCGGUGGCGGUGGCGCCCACAGACAGAGCAAACUGGUUCAGGGUUACCACAGCACACAAAAUGGCUGCCCGCACCAAGAAGUCGGCGAGAAGCGGAAGCACCCGUCUAAGAACGGCAGCAAGGCGACGAGGGCGACCGAGUCCCCUCUGAUGGCGACGGAGGCGCACCGGGCCGACAUCCUGCGGGGCGACUUCGACCUGGCGUCGGUGUUCGACGACGUCCUCGGCGGCAACUGUAGCACCUUCGAGGAUUUGGACAUCAACACGGCGCUGAGCUCCCUGGGCUGCGAGAUGGAGGUGUCCAUGCAGGGGAGGCAGCAGGGGGGGCUGGGGAGGUGGUGCGCUGGCGGCGACCCGCACCUGAACCACCACCUCCAAUCCUACGGUUACAUGGAGCUCAGCGUGGCGUCCAUGGAUUGCACGGGCGGCAUGGGGGAGCUGCACGUGCCGCAGCCGCAUGCGCAUCCGCUGCAGCAGCAGCUGGACCAGGAUCAGCUGCUGCACAGUCACCACCACCUGCAGCCGUUCGAGGAGCCCUCCGCUCUGUUCCCGGAGCAGCCGGACGAGGAGGUGCUGCAGCCCUGGGAGGAGAUCAAAGCGGAGGAGCAGGCCAUCCCGCUGACUCUGGAUCAGGGCUUCGGCCUGUGCGAGGGCUUCUUCACGGAGAUGCAGCCAUGGGAACGGAUGGAGGCUUAUCUGUGACCUUUGACCCCUAACCUCAUUGACUCGUAAUGAUCUUCUUCCCAAUGACCCGAACGUGUCUGAUUACAUGACUAAAAGGACAACACUGGUUACAACUACAGAGACUUCUGCUUCCCCCCCAUCUGUAAUUUAUUUUUGGGGUCACAUUUAGCUAUCUUUUCCUACGUUACAAACACGAUAACAUCGAAGCUAUCUUGAACUUUGAACCCAGAUAACAAAGUCGCCCUUUAGAAAAGACAUUGAUCUGAUUAUUUGUGGGGGGGGGGUUUUCCCGGCAGAGACACACAUUUCUUCCUCAGGGCGCGAGGCGAUCGACAGCAGCGCUCGUAACAUGACACGUCGGGCACAAAGAUAUGACGGAGGUACGUUUAUGAAGCAAAUUACAGUUUCAUGCGGAGGAUUAUCGCACUCCGCAGAGCGAGAGGCAGAAAAACAGGACGGAUGCAUCCUCCGAGUUUGGAUUUCUUUGAUCUUAUAACGGUUUAAAUGUCGGGCGGCUUGGCGAUGAGAGAACGUGUUCUGACCUGCAGCUACUCAUCACUCCGGGGUUUUUUAUUUUUUAUGAAAUGAUGACAGAAGCGAAAGUGAAGAUGACCCAACACACAACAAGCAUCGUCACUCCGGGACAUAGAGGACGUGCAGGAUUCUAUUUUUUGCUACAUUAGCAUUAAACUUCUUCUUUUUUUAAAUUUUAAUUUUUACUAACAUUGCAGCAAAAAAAUCACCCGAAACAGGAUGGAGACUUUAAAAAACACAAUAGUCUAAAGAUUAGAAAUCAGUCAUGUGCGACUUGUUAAAUAGUCAAUUUAAUAUAUAUUCACUAAAGUAUAUAGCAUGAAAGCUAGGCAGGAAUAUUUUUGCCAUUUUGUCUACAGUUAUGAGCGGGGGGAAAAAACAACAGUCAUGAAAAAUGUUACGUUAUGCACUUUGAUAGCAGCGGUUUUAGGAAAAGAUUAUUUCCAGGAUGUUUAGUUUGAUCUUCUAUCAUAUUAAAAAUGUUUUUCUAAAGGUUGACUGACCGUAAUGAACGUGAUGCAUCAUGCUGUACUUGAUCAGUUUGUUUUUGAACAAUAAGUCAAGUGGGCAAUUUUGAAAUGCUGAAAUAUAAUGUUUUUUCUUUCCAAUUAUAUACAAAACUGGGCAUUUGUUGAUUAUGUUUUCGCCAAAUUUGUUGUUAAAGGAAUAUGCAGUUCAUUGGUGUUUCUGUAUUGAUUCAUAAGAAGAAGAAAGAGACUUCUGUUUUCCAUCACUGGGUGAUGGAUUUGACUUUAUUGAUUAUUUUGCUGUAUGUCCUUUUUUUAUUUGUUGUUUGAGAAUAUAUUAACUCUUUGUUGCUUCGAGGAGACAAAUGAUGAGCAGAUACAUAAAACUCAACACUUAAAGGCCAGAUUUUCUUAUUGUAUCACAUUGAUCAAGUUUGAUAUAGGAGCUCUUUUAAUCCCACCGUGUUAUUUUUAUUUGUACUUUUUUAAGCUGUUUUAAAAAUGCAAUCAAGCCUUGAUGCAAUGAAGGGUGUCAAUUAAAGAAAGAACAAU